AUGGCAGACCGACUGACUCAACUUCAAGACACAGUUAACCAACAGGCUGAAUAUUUUUGUAACAGCAUUGGGAUUUUGCAGCAGCACUCAACUCCAAGUAAGUUUGCAGGCUUUGAUAGAUCAGGGUCUCAGACUCCUCAACAGCAGGAUGAUUAUGCCCAACUUUUCGCAGCGCUUAUAACAAGAUGUGCAAAAGAUAUAGAUGCAUUAAUAGAAUCUCUGCCAAGUGAUGAAUCUUCAAAUGAUCUGCAACACCAAUGCCUCCGCAAAUUGGAACAAGAAAACCAAGAAGCUGCUGAAAGAUUAGAAGAAGUUGUACGAAAAGGAGAAAUAUUAUGGGAACAAGUGCAGGCUUCUCUAGCAGAUAUUGCACAAAGUCAGUUAGAAAUGCAACAUAUUACCGCCAGUAGCAGUAAUGCAAGAGGUAGCAGUUAA